ACCCCCGACCCCGCGAGAUGGCCAGCCCAGCCUUCCCCCUCGCCUUGACCCUGAAGGAGGAGGAGGAGGAGGAGGAGAUUGGCGUCCCAGAGCUGGAGGACGGGCAGGAUGAUCUGCAGAGAGUGAGGAUCUGCGCGGGGGGCUACUGGGUGCCGGCCCUGUUCGACGAAGUGGCCGUCUCCUUCUCCGACGAGGAGUGGGACCUUCUGACGGAGGAGCAGAAGACGCUGUACCGGGAGGUCAUGAAGAUGAAUUACGAGACGGUGGUCUCUCUGGAAUUCCCGUUCCCGAGGCCGGAUGUGAUAUCCCAGCUGGAAGAAGGGGAGGGGCUGUGGGCAGCGCCGUUUUCCUCCGACUCCGAGGAGUGGCUGUUCUCCCGAGGCUACGACGAGGCGGGCCCCAAGCUCCCGGGCGCGAUGGGCCCCCUGGGCCUGGCGGGCCCCUUCCCGGCGCUGCCGCACCCCCUGGCCCUGGGGGCGGGCGGGCCGUGGGGGCCCGGGGGCGAGGAGGACUACCCCCCGCUGGGCCCGGGCGGGGCCGGGGCGGGCGCCCUGCUGCUCCAGCAGCAGCAGCAGCAGCAGCAGCAGCAGCAGCAGCAGCGCGGGGCGCGGCGCAGCUACGACGCGGGCUUCAAGCUGGCCGUGGUGGACUACGCCGAGGUGACCAACAACUGCCAGGCGGCCAAGCAGUUCGGCGUCAUGGAGAAGAACGUGCGCGACUGGCGCAAGGUGAAGCCGCAGCUGCAGAGCGCCCACGCCAUGCGGCGGGCCUUCCGCGGGCCGAAGAACGGGCGGUUCGCCCUGGUGGACCAGCGGGUGGCCGAGUACGUGCGGCAGCAGCAGGCGGCGGGCACGCCCAUCACGCGGGAGGCCAUGCAGCUGAAGGCCCUGGCCAUCGCCCGGGAGAUGCGCAUCCCGGCCAAGGGCUUCAAGGCCAGCCUGGGCUGGUGCCGCCGGAUGCUGCGGCGCUACGACCUGACCCUGCGCCAGAAGCCGCCCCCGCCCCCGCAGCCCCUGCCCGAGGACCUGAGCGAGAAGCUGGCCGCCUACCAGCGCCGCGUCCUGGGCCUGCGCCGGGCCCACGGCUACCCGGACGGCCAGAUGGGCAACGCGGACGAGACGCCCAUCUGCCUGGAGGUGCCGUCCAGGGUCACGGUGGACUACCAGGCGGGCCGGCCGGUCCUGGUGAAGACGCCCGGGCGGGAGAAGCUGAAGGUGACGGCCAUGCUGGGGGUGCUGGCGGACGGGCGCAAGCUGCCCCCGUUCGUCAUCCUGCGGGGCACCUACAUCCCGCCGGGCCGGUUCCCCGGGGGCAUGGAGGUGCGCUGCCACCGCUACGGCUGGAUGACGGAGGAGCUGAUGCAGGACUGGGUGGAGGCCGUGUGGCGGCGGCGGGCCCCCGGGGCCGGGCCCCGCGAGCGGGGGCUGCUCAUCCUCAACGGCUUCCGCGGCCACGCCUCCGACUCCCUGCGCGCCCACAUGGAGACCCUGAGCACGGACGUGGUCAUCGCCCCGGGCGGCCUGACCUCCCAGCUGCAGGUGCUCGACCUGGUGGUCUACAAGCCCCUCAACGACAGCGUGCGCGCCCGCUACGCCGACUGGCUGCUGGCCGGCAACCUGGCCCUCAGCCCCACGGGCAACGCCAAGAAGCCCCCGCUGGGCCUCUUCCUCGAGUGGGUCAUGGCCGCCUGGGACGGCAUCCCCAGCGACGCCAUCGUGCGCGGCUUCCGCCGCUGCCGCGUCUCGGGCAGCCUGGACCGCCGCGACGCCGCCGAGGACGACCUGCUCUGGGAGGUGGAGGGGGCGCUCCUCGACGACGGGGACCCCCCGCCCGGGGACGGCGACAGCUAAGAAAAGUGGCCCCGAGGAUGGGACUGAGGAGGCCGAGUCCUCAGAGAGACCGGGCCAGGGCCGUGGCCGCUCUGGGGGUACGGCGGAAAAAGGCAGUUUAUCGGUGUCCGCCCGGGCCAGAGGAGCAGCAGAGACACCCCCUCCCUUCCCCUCUCCCUUCUACCCCGAGACCACCCGCCCGGCCGCCCGAUCAGAGACUUGCCGCUCGGCCCACGUUGGGGACCGGCUGGGCCGCCCGGUCGCUGUGGAGGGCCCGCGGAAGGACCGGCCGGAAGGGCUAAACGUCCGGCGUGACCGACGCCUCCGGCCCCGUCAUCCCGGCGCCUUCCCGUUCGGCCCGCGAGCCCGGCUCGGGUUGGCGUUCGGACCGUCGAAGCCCGAGCGGGAGACGGGGGCCGGGCCGGACUCCGUCCACCUUCCUCGGCCGGCGAGAAGCCCCUCUUCGGGGCCACGUUUGGCCCGCUCCCGGGGGGACCGCCGUCUCAGUCGCCCCCGCCUGCGGUCCUGCGUUUGUGGAAAGGCGCUUUCUCCGUCGAGCCGGAUCCCCCGGGGUCUUGCGGCACCCGGAAGCCCCUCUGCGGGCAGGGACCGUUUAGCGCACGGUCCGUGACGCUGCCCCGGGAGGCGCUCAGUCAAGGCGACUGUCCGGCGGCUCGUCCCGGGGAAGGCUCGGGCCCAAGAGAAGGGGCAGUCGGGGUGGGGCGGGGCCCAGGGGAAGCCUCUCGCUGAGCUGUGAGGAGACCCUCCCUAUCCGCCUCCCGGUCUGCACGCCCGCCACCCUGCCCCCGAUCCCGGGACGAGGCCCAGCGGAACGUGCGGAGGCACCCCGAAUCCCCUCCCCGACCCCAAAAGAGAUGGACUGAGUCGCGAGGCGGCAUUCCGGUUUGUGUAUUGUAGAAAGUAGCGAGGCUUGAGCUGUUCGGUGCCAGGCCCGGAAAGAUUCGUGCGUUUUCUGGCUCCUGGCCGCCUGUAACUAUCGAUGAAUAUCCCUACUCACCUCCCUUCCCACUUCCCCCCCAGAGCGGUCGAGCAAGGUUCGGUCCCAGUCAGACCUCACUACCCCUCGCCGGCUUUUCCAGGACCCGGGCAGGAGGGAAGAGCUGAGGCGCCCCAACCCCGGGACUGACCGGUGCCCACCCUGGACCGCGGGGGAUCCCCUGGUGCGGGCGGACGGGUCUGUGGCCCCCUUGUCCUCAGGUAGCAUGUCUGACCCCUCAGCCCCGAGCUGCUCUGUUCUUGUUGCCCGGGGGGCUUUGGGGAGGGGGUCCUGGCUGUUUUGGCGCCCACAGGGUUGGGGCGCGGACAGAGGGUCGCUAGCACCGCCAGAUGUACUACAAGCAUGUGCCCGAGGGGGACUUUGAAGGGGCAGAGGCAGACCACGGCGGCAAGGACACCUCCCGGCCCCUACUGUCGGCCGGCUCUGACCUAGAGGUAAAUCUGUCGUCCACUCUGUGUCGGUUCAGCCCCCUUGCCCCCAGUAGGCAGCCGGUCUGAGCGAACACAGUGGAGGCUGCCACACGCCCUCCAUCCCGCCCCGGUUCUCUGACAGGAACAUAGCCUCCCGUCUCCGACCCGGAGCGGUGAGAGCCUUGGGGCCGUGAGAGGAGCCGGACGCUUCCUGUCCCAACCCCUCCAGCCCCCACCACGUAGGCCUGGGGCACGGGAGCAGCUUCUUACAGAUGGUGAUCCCUGCCCCUCGCCUAGAUUUCCACCUCAGGAGCUCCGCCAUCCUCCCACCACUGAACUGUGACCCCUGACCCGCCACACCGUAGCACCCAGGGCCAGUCGGUCUCCCGGCAUCGUGAGUCGCCGCUGCCCUUUGACCUGUAGGUAGAGACCGGUCCCUCCAAUAAAGUUUCGUAAUGAAAGCC